GGUGCCCGCGCGGAGCCUCGGCCCCAUGGCGCUGCAGGCGCUGCGGAGCUCGGGGGUGGCCUUCCGCAAGAUCCUGUCGCACUUCCCCGAGGAGCUGAGUCUGGCUUUCGCCUACGGCUCGGGGGUGUACCGCCAGGCGGGGCCCAGUUCAGACCAGAAGGACCUCAUGCUGGACUUCGUGUUCACAGUGGAUGACCCUGUAGCAUGGCAUUCAAAGAACUUGGAGAAAAAUUGGAGCCAUUACUCCUUCCUAAAGCUGUUGGGGCCUAAGAUGAUCGCAAGUGUCCAGAAUAACUAUGGUGCUGGCGUUUACUACAAUCCACUGAUCAUGUGUGAUGGUAAGCUUAUCAAAUAUGGGGUGAUUAGUACUAGUCUUUUGAUUGAAGAUCUCCUCAAGUGGAAGAACUUAUAUAUUGCUGGCAGGCUCCAGAAACCGGUGAAAAUCAUAGCCAUGAACGAGAACAUUGUACUGAGGUCAGCCCUCGAUAGAAAUCUCAAGAGCGCUGUGACUGCCGCCUUCCUCAUGCUCCCUGAAAGCUUCUCUGAAGAAGAACUCUUUCUAGAGAUCGCCGGACUCUCCUACUCAGGCGACUUUCGAAUGGUGGUUGGAGAGGACAGGACCAAAGUGUCAAACAUUGUGAAGCCCAACAUCGCUCACUUCCGUGAGCUCUACAGCGACAUCCUGCACGAGAACCCCCAGGUGGUGUAUAAAGCCCAGCAAGGCAGACUGGAGAUAGAUAAAAGCCCAGAAGGACAGUUCACUCAGCUGAUGGCAUUGCCCAGAACCUUACAGCAGGAAAUCAAUCAUAUUAUGUACUCCCCUGGAAAAAACAGAGAUGUGGAGGAAACUCUGUUCCAAGUCGCUCACGAUCCCGAAUGUGGAGAGGUGGUGCGGCUAGGACUUACAGCGAUCGUGAGACCAUCAAGUGUGAGACAGGGCACCAAAGGCAUUUUCACAGCUGGACUGAGAAAAUCACUGGUUUAUAGUUCACGAAAACUACAUAAAAUGUGGAGAGGAUGGCUGUGGAAAACAUAGUGAUUUUUCCUGCUUUUAUAUACGGUGUGUCCAUGAAUAAAGUGACCCUUUUUGACAGAAUAGCGUUUGUUACUUUGGCCCAUUGCUUCAGUUUGAAGAUGCUCUGGCUUGACACUUACUUUUAAAAAGUAUUCAUCAGACGUCUGUCCAGACAGGACCCAGAGACCUUGCAGGACACGUCAGAAGAGAACUCCACACACACAGAACCACCGGGUCCUGCUCUCCCAGGCAUGUUAGCUGUGCCCUGCCUUUCUCGGUCCAGCAGAGUCCAGACCAGCGGCCGUCGUCACCCACAGGGGAUGGGUUUCCCAGGACAUCUCAUACGUGCCCUGUCAGCGCUCUCCAAGGUCUAGGCUUUCGAUGUUUCUUUGUUCUCCGCGGAAAGUGCAGCACAGUGACGUGGGGUGAGGAACCUGGGGCAGACCCCUGGCCGAGGCUUCCCCUGUGUGAUGGCGAGCAGUGUGGGGUAACGAAUCCCACAACGCCUCCAGCAAAACAUACGUCCACUUUCUUACAUAAGAAAGAGCUCAAGAUGUGGUCAGCCUCCAAGCUGGUUGGAUUCAGCAGGUUGACGGAACCAUCAGGUACCCUGCUCUCCAUCUCCUCUUGCUGCUCUUCACCAAGUUGGCAUCACGCAUGCCAAGGCCGGCUCCCCUCCAAGCCUGAGACCACUGGCAACAGCUUUGCCCUCCCCUUCCAGAUGUGGGAGACAGAAGUUUCCUGUCAGAAGUCCUCUUGGAGAAUGUUCCCACAGCCCCCAGCAAGCUCCUGUCUGGUUUCAGUCAGUGGUAGCUGUUACUGCUGAUACUACUUCCUUUGACAUGCCUCGGAGAAUCUUUAUUUACUGCCCUAUAAAAAUAACCAGUUGAGUAAAUAAAUCUCCCUGAUUUCUGGCCAGAAUUCCUUGAAACACUGUUUCAGAAUUUAUAAACAUCUCAUGAAAAUCCUGAUUCCCAGGGUGCUUUUCCUACACAUAGAGUUGCCGCUGCUCAACAUUUCCCUUAAUGAGCCAGGUGACCUUGGAGAAGACUUUAGAUUUCUGACCAAAAGCCCAUGAUCCAUUCCCGGGUCAGCCCUGGCGCACACCAGCCAGGCGACAUUAGGUAUCACAAGGGGUGGAUAGUGAGGUGGCUCACCGGGCUCCUAUAGGAGCAGGCAUGGUGGGGGGCAGAGGGCAGGAGGUGAGAAAAUGUGAUUGGGUGACCACAAGAAAACAGCCCAAGAUGGCAGCUGCCUCAGCCAGUGGGCCUGCAUCAGACUAGCACCCAUGAAGAAAGCCCACCUGAGAGCGGCUUCUUAGGACUCAGACGGGUCCUGUGCUCCUGGAGGCUGCUGAGCGGUCUCCAUGGCAGUGGUAGCACCAGCUGAAUCAUGGGUUCUCACUCUUGGGGGGACAUUGUGGCUAGUGAGCACUGCCUCCCAGUGCCCCUCCUCCCCCCAAGGCUGAUGGUCACCUCAGCCACCAAAGCAUCCUCAGUGACCAGGAAGAAGCUCGGGACUGAAUCCAGUGAUGCACUGUUUGAGAAGAUGUUUACAGACCUGUGUGCUUCGUGGAAGAAGGUUCCUUCGCUGGUCUUACCUGCGGGAAGGCCCAUUUCACAGGCACAGGCCCCCAUCUGGAAGCGCUUCUAACUAGGAUUGGAAAGGGUAGGGAAAAUAA